AUGGCUGAUGGUGAGACUGACAGCACCCAGGGGACAUUGAAGGCUCCCUUGAGCCUCAACAACUUCACUAGUGUUGGCUGGUUAGAGUUCUCACAUCUGGACAAGCUAGUGGUCAAUGGAGGAGGCAUUCUGGAUGGCCAGGGUGCUGAAGCCUGGAACCUUACCACAUGCCCAGGGCGAAAGAACUGCAAAAACCUACCUCUGUCAAUGCGAUUCUGCAAGAUUAGUAAUGCAAAAAUUGCCAAUCUCACACUUCUCGAUAGUAAAGGCUUCCACAUGAGCAUCCAAAGGAGCUCCAAUAUCAACGUCCGAAACCUUAACAUCUCAGCCCCUAAAAACAGCCAUAACACUGAUGGCAUCCACAGUAGUGGCAGCAACAAUAUCGAUCUUGCUACCCUGACCAUUGGCACUGGUGAUGACUGCAUCUCUAUUGGCCAAGGAAACACUAACGUCUCCAUCUCUAAUGUUGCUUGUGGCCCUGGUCAUGGUAUUAGUAUUGGAAGCCUAGGAAAGUAUAAGAAUGAGAAAAAUGUAGUUGGGGUAAAUGUGAGGAACUGCACGAUCUCAGGCAUGUCGAAUGGAAUUAGGAUCAAGACAUGGCCCGGGGCACCUCCAAGUGAAGCCUCAAACAUAACAUUUGAGGACAUCAUCAUACAGAAUGUCUCUAACGCCAUCAUUAUAGACCAAGAGUAUUGCCCGGGGCAUCACUGCAAUAAUGAGCCUUCAGGCGUAAAGAUUCAUAAUGUCACGUAUCGACGAAUCAGAGGGACUUCAAAUAAAGCAGUUGCGGUGAAUUUUAUGUGCAGCCAAUUGGUACCUUGUGAGAAUGUGACACUCCAUGAUAUUAAUCUGGAAUUUGUAUCCAAUCCUGGUAGUUUGGGCAUCACCUCCUCACACAUUCAAAAUAACUCCUCACUUGUUCAAAACGUUACAUCUUCUUGUUUAAAUGUCAAAGGGAUGGCUUUAGGGAUCCAAAAGCCUGCCACAUGCCUUUAA